AUGAGACGUUCAAACAAAAUUUCAUUUAGUGUACGGCGGUCGAGAGAUAUAACAGUACCAUUGGUAGCAAACAUGCAUUCUCACGCACAUUGUCAGCCUUUCGAAAUUAACGCUAACACAGAGACCGUUGCAGGACGGCUCACAAUAUCCUUUCUCAGAUAUUUGGUUACACAGCGUCCUCACUGCGGUUGUCUGAUGAUCACGAUGAUAAUAUGUAUAACAGCAGACAGCUCUGACAGUGACUCGGGCAAUGAAUCAGAGAGAGAUGGUUGUGACUCAAGCCAAAGCGAAGCCGAAAAUGAUUAA